AUGUCUACAACAAUGGUAUCAUCGUCCUCCACAGGAGGAGUCCAGCCUAUCAAAGUGAACAAACGAGUUCAACUCGAAUCACUAAUCAGCGAGUUCCAACAGAAACUAGGAAACAACUGGGACAAGUACCACGAGUCGUUGACGCUGUUUCUCACGGGGAAACUAUCCCGGCCCGAGCUCGUGAACAUCAUAUCGCCACUUUUGAAAAAUGGCUUGGUCAAGUACCACAACAAGCUUCUACUAUUGAACUUUGCCAACUCGUUGCAAGACAGUCCAAUGGAGUUUUCCAGUGAGUUGGCGCUGUUUUGGAGCAAGAAAAACGCAAAGUCGAAAAACGUUAGGCUGACGCAGUACGAAAAGUUGAAGCAGAACAUCUUGGGUUUGCCUUUGAAAGAGCGGCGCAGAAUCCGAAGCAUCACGCGAGAAAGCGGGAAGCGCAACAAACUUAGUGCAUCCAUCACCUUGACUAGGCAGUCUUUGCUUCCUAAGAUCCCCAUGAUCCAAGAUAAGGAGCAGCAGCAGUUGCAGGUCAACAACUUGGUUCAGUGGCAGCAAGACGUGGUUAACGGCAUCAACACCCCGCUUUCCACCACUUCUUACGAAUUGCCAGACAUGGACAACCUUACUAGAAGAGUACUCAUGACAAUGAGAGAGCACGGCCUCACGGGCGGCGUGAGCAGCCAGGUGCUCGAAGUGAUUUCGCUAGGACUUGAAGCGCAUUUGAAAAACAUCAUUGAAAGUGCUAUGGACGUUGUACGGUACAGAGAAAGCAAGUAUGCGUCGAGCAUGUUUCUUCCUAGUGAGUUAAACGGCGACGGGUCGGGCUACAAGUCGAACGGGAAAGCCUCGGGCGAUUUUUCGAACAGUAUGUUUGGCGGGUCCAAUCUGCGCAAGAGAAAGCAUAACGACGUGGACAAUAUCCAGAAACGGAACGUGGUUCUCAAUGCCGAAGACAUGUUCAACACGCUCGAACUAUUCCCUUAUUUGGUUGAACCAGGUGGACCACGGCUCAGGCUCGCUAAUGUAAUGUUAGAAAAUGAUGACAUGGCCUCCGAAAAGAACUUGGGUUACACUUUGCCUCCAAAACCAGCGUCGCUUCAGUACGAUCAAUUGGUCAAUGGCUCAAUGAGUGAGCGCAUUAAUGACGGAACAAAGAACAGAGAAGCUUUGGAGUCCAAACUAGACAAUGGCAGUGUUGAUACCAAAGAGCACGAGAAAAAGAGAGAUACACAAAACAGCCAACUGGAGCAAAAGCAAAACGACACUUCCCACAUUGGAACGACCGAUGAAUUGAAGUGGAUGUUGCAUGAUCUAAUUUCCAGCAUGUAA